AGCCUAGUGGAUACAACCGCCAUGCUAAUAAGCGAAGGGUUGCAGGAUCUCCUUGGCAACACCCGGCUCCCUCUCGACACACAUUUCAAGUUUUCUCUCAGUAUUGACAUAGCACAAGGGAUGGCCUUCCUUCACAACAGCAGCAUCCACUUCCACGGCCGCCUCAACAGCGCCACCUGCCUCAUCGACAACAGGUUCUCCGUCAAACUCACUGAUGUUGGCGUCCCUUGUAUUUUUGACAACAUCGUUGUUGACAAACAGUCACAAGAGUACAAACUGGAGUGUCUGUGGAAAUCCCCAGAGGAGCUGCGGGACCAUACCAAGACGGGAAGUCAACAUGGAGACGUGUACAGCUUCGGCAUCAUCCUGCAGGAAAUCAUCACACGAGAGGCGCCUUUCUUCGAGGAGACCGACACAAUAGGCGUGGAUGGUGUGCUCCACAAAGUGAAGAGAGGCGGUGUCCCGGCAUUCCGACCCAAGGUGGCCGUGCCCGACAACUUGCGGGACCUGUCCAUACUGAUGGAGACGUGCUGGGAUGAGGAUCCUGGUCGCCGUCCGCAGUUCCACAGCAUCAGGAAGGCACUCAAGACUCUUGCCGCUCGGUUUGGGGCAAGUGGGAGUCUGAUGGACAGUCUCCUCCGUCGGAUGGAGCAGUAUGCCAACAACCUGGAGAAGCUGGUGGAUGAGAAGACCGUCGAGUUGCAGGAGGAGAAGAAGAAGUCCGAGGAACUCCUCUACCAAAUUCUGCCCAGAUCAGUAGCGAACAGUUUACGUCAAGGCUUUAAAGUCGACCCCGAGGACUUCGAGAACGUCACCAUCUACUUCAGUGACAUUUGUGGCUUCACAACCAUCUCCGCCAUGUCAACACCCUUCCAGGUUGUCGACCUUCUCAACGAUCUCUACACUUGUUUUGAUGCCGUGAUCGACAGAUUUGAUGUUUAUAAGGUGGAAACAAUCGGCGAUGCCUACAUGGUGGUUUCCGGGCUUCCGCAAAAGAACGGAAAUCGACACGCCUCUGAGAUUGCCCGGAUGUCACUGGCUUUACUGAAAGAGAUCGACACGUUCAAAAUUCGACACUUACCUAACGAAAGGCUCCUCUUGCGUAUUGGCUUGCAUUCAGGACCUGUUGUCGCUGGAGUUGUCGGACUGAAGAUGCCCCGGUACUGUCUGUUCGGUGAUACAGUAAAUACUGCCUCCCGGAUGGAAUCUCAUGGGGAAGAGCUGAAAAUUCACAUGAGUGGAAGCACAGCGCAGCUCCUGCAGAGGUUCGAGAUCUUCAACCUCAAGUCAAGAGGAUGCGUUGAGAUCAAGGGCAAAGGGUUGAUGGAAACGUACUGGCUUCUCGGAGUGACCAAAGUGUGA